AUGGAGAAACUUUCAGAUAACGCAUUAUAUGGAAAUUAUCAAGACGAUGCAGAAACUAUUGAUCGAUAUGGAGUAUACGACGAUAGUGAUAUACCCAUGUCAAUUGAAGAAAAAUCGCUUGUCAGAAAAAUUGAUUUUUUUUUGAUGCCUCUAGUGUGUGUCAUCAUUUUUCUCCAGUUUCUAGAUAAAUCAUGUAUCAAUUAUGCCGCAGCGUUAGACUUGAAACAAGAUCUCAAAUUGAACGGAAAUCAUUACAGUUUAGUCGCAUCAAUUUUUUAUUUAGGUUACUUUAUUUUCCAGUUUCCCAAUAAUUACUUUUUACAGCGAGUUUCAGUUGGAAAAUACAUUGGUACCAUCGUUUUUUUAUGGGGUACAGUUUUAGCCUGCACUGCUGCAUCAAUGAAUUUCUCUCAAAUAGCCGCCAUGAGAUUUUUACUGGGUUUCUUCGAAGCAGGCGUUUAUCCUUCGCUGACUCUUUUGGUUAGUACUUUUUACCGCAGAGAUGAACAGGCAGCUCGUCUAGGUGCUUUCUGGGUUUGUAACGGCGUAGCUUUAGUUGUAGGAGGGCUCAUCACCUACGGUAUUGAUAAAAUGGGCAAUGCACUUGGUAUGGCCAAAUGGAGAUGGAUCAUGAUCAUUCUUGGUUCAAUAACAUCAUUUACAGGCCUGUUCUGUUUUUUCUUCUUGAUCGAUAACCCUAAAUCGUCUGUAUUAAGCUUAAAUGCCGAACAAGAAAUUCUGGUCGAAGAAAGAACACGAGACAAUGCAGUUGUUCGCACAACCAUGAUAAAGAAAGAACACAUCUUUGAAGCUCUUAAGGAGAUUCGUUUUUGGUGUUUUUGCGUCAGCUGUAUGCUUUUAAAUUUACAAAAUGGUGCCAUGACUACUUAUAGUACGCAGUUUGCUAUGGGGUUUGGUUUUACUGGUCUUCAAGCCGUGUUACUUAGUAUGGGCACGGGUGCAGCCGAUGUAUCAUUUAUUAUCGGUUCUAUCUAUGUCGUUGGAAAAACUAAGCAAACUAUCUACGUAGCCAUGGGCCUUGGGGUUAUCAACAUGAUUGGUCUUAUCCUUCUCGAGGUGAUACCAGUUCCACAUUUGAAGCUAAUUGGAUUCUAUCUUUCAUGGUCUUACCCUGCAUCGUACGUACUUAUGAUUACAUCGAUAUCAAACAACGUGUCAGGAUACACCAAAAAAAUUUUCUACAAUGGUAUGCUUAUGGUUUUCUAUACUAUUGGUAACUUUUGUGGACCCUUGAUGAUUGUCGAAAGCCAGGCACCUAAUUAUGCUAGUGCAGUUAUUGUUUACAUCUGUGCUAUCGUUGUAGUUAUUGUCUUGCUUUAUAUAGCUCGCUAUCAAAUGGCAAAAGUGAACGAAGAAAGACUAUCGUGUACUGCUGUCGUUAUGACACAUGUGGAAGAUGACUUGAGUGAUGUACAAGAUUCCAAUUUUCUUUAUCGUCUUUAA